AUGGGUAAUAAUUGUGUUUCAGAGAGUGAUUCAUUAAUUAAUGAAGACACAUAAGCUAAAUUCAAUAAAAUAGAAUCCAGACCUGGAAUUUAUGCAGUAGAGCAUUCAACAAAUACUUGUUUAGAGAGCAUUUCGAUAAUGUCUUCUCCAGACUCUGCUUAUCCAAUCACAUUCAAAGACAAUAUGGAUGUGAUUGCAUUUAAAGGUCAUAAAUAUGCAAUUCUUGAAAGACAUAGUGUAUACUAUGGUGAAAUCAAUUAGAAAUACUAAAAAAAUGGAAAAGGAAAACUAUAUUUAUAAGAUGUGGAUAAGAAUGGAAACUAAAAGUUAGUUAUAAAGAAAGGAAUAUUUAAAAAUAAUAAAUAUUUAGAAUCAGGAUAAAUUUCACCAAAAGGUGAAUGUUUAGAUGAAACUUUAGACUCUAAAAUUACAGAAGCAUAAGAUUUAUAGAACUCUCUAAUGUUAAAUGAGUAAUACAAAUACAAUAAGUUUAUAAAUGAUAAGGAUUUAAAUUCUAUUAGGGAUACAAAUUAACUUAGAUCCAACAUUGUUAAUGGAUAUAUACAAUAUCUUUAAUAACUUGAUGAAAAAUUAUAUUGGGACACUCCUCCUCAUAAAAGAGAGAAAUUUGAGAGAACAAUUAUAUUCUAAAGCAAUUGUUAAUUGGAUAAUUAUGAUGAAUUUACUUAACUAAUUAAAUAAUUUAGAUUUGUCAAAUUUUGGCUUAUUUAUAAAAAGAUUGGAUUUGUUAUUGAACAUAAUCCCAAUCGUUGGUAUUUUGUAGAAGUCUAGAUUACAGAAGAUGAAUUUAAUAUCAAUAUUUAUGAUUCCAUUAAAUGCAGUAAGGCCUUUUAUUCAAAAAUAACACUUUAAUUAACUCAACUAUUCUAAAGAUUAUUGAAUCACAACCUUGAAGCAAAAGUGAUAAUAAAAGACAAUAUACCUUAAUCUUACAAUACUUAUGAUAGUGCAGUCUACACUUGCAUUUUUGCAAGGAUGCUUAGAUGUAAUUGCAGAAAUAAAGUGCUAAAUCUGAGUCCUUCUUAAAUGAGAUCAGAUUUAGAAAGACUAUUUGUUAAUUGA